AUGUCACCAAUAGAACAAACAAGUAGUAUACAAGCUACAAAAAAAUCUAAGACUAGACCCCCUGUACCGUUCAAGCUAACUUUGUACCCACCUUCACUACGACCCAACCCGGAUCACAUCACUAAAGAAGAAGAGGUCCUGAUUGAAAUAUCAACAGAUGAAGAGCUAGAUCAAGAUGAAAAAUACCCUGAAAAUGCAACACGAGAUAUAGAGCAACUCAUCGAAGAGUCCUCAGACAAGGAACUAUUCCAUGCUAAAUUGAAGCGACUAGAGAAGGAAAGUUUACGCCGAUUUGAGAAUAAAUGGACUGGUAUAAUUUCAAAGUACCUGAAUAUAAAUGAUGAUCGGGAGAGUGAUGAAAUUGAUUUGGUGACUGGAGAAAUUGUCACUAAUAAUGGACAUUUGAAUCGACUUAGAAGUGGUGGUGCUGAUGACAAAGGGACUAGACGACUAACAACUUUCAAAUUGUGGAAACAACAAGCAGGUAAUCAACAAGAUGAAACUAUGAGAAAUAGACGACAGAAAUUUGACCAGAGAGUAGCUAAACAACGAGAGAAGAGCAUGAGACGUAUGAGGAUCUCAUCGCCCCUGAAGGCAGGCAAUCGGAUUUCUUUAACAAGUGGAGAUUCAUUACGAAAUGUAUCACCAACUAAAGGACAAGUACCUGCUGGAGUUGAAACAGAUGAAUCGCCUACCAAGAAGCGCAAAAUAUUUGUUCAACAGGACACUGAGUCAUCAACUUCAGAAUAUAGUGAGACUGAAGCUGACACGUCUAGUGAUUACUCGGUUGAUGAUGGAAGUGAAGCUGACAAUACUGUCGAAGAAGAUGCACUGUAUGAGCAAAGUAGUGAUGACGAGGAAAGAGAUAUAGAAGAGGGAAGUGUACACGACUCGAAUGCAAAUAAUGGAAAGAUACAUCAAAAGGGACUGCUGAACGGAAAAUAUUUCAAGCAAUUCGGUUCAUCUAUAUUAAACGGACCAAGGUUGGUAUUAGAUGAGGGUCCUCUUUCUCGAUCCACACUAGAACUUGAAUUACUGUCAGAGAAUGAAAGGGCAAGUCUGCCAACCAAAACAAGAUCUAAAGUUGAAUUUGGCUUGAUCCCAAUGAAGCCCAAGAAAUUGCCGCUGAAAUUGACGAAACAUCGACAAGUGAGUACAGAGAAUUUAAGUGGUGAUGACAAUUCCAUCCAAAACAUUAGUCAUUUGUUUUUGGAACACUCACUGCCAAAGCCAAUCAAGGUUUAUAAUUGGCAUCUUCUGGAUCAAACCAAAAUUGAUCCUUCGUCAUUUCUUGAUGAAUCACUGCCAAUGAACUCCCCACAAAAAGCCAGUAACUCAAAGCUCACUGAAAAGAAUGGGCAUUCUCUGCUGUGUCCAUCCGAAACACCACCACUUAGUCCAUCACCAAGUAGUGCAUCUUGUGAAUCAUUUGAAGAACAAAUCAGUAUUGUCGAAGAGCCUUAUUACUUCUUAGGCGAUAUUCUGCAUACUGUGUCCUUACUGACGCUCAAGAUAUUCAAUUGUUGUGUUAUCAAUUGCUCAUUUUGUACAAUGAAUAGAAAGAUGUAUUCAUCACAUCUUAUCAAACAUCAUUCAGAUUUACUUUACAAAUUGGGGUAUCCUGUGGACUCAAUGGGCUCUGGUUCUAGGCGUCGCUCUUUUACAAAGUUUAAAGAAAUAAAGAAUCAAAUUACACACUUGGAUAAAAAAACUUUGCUUCGUGAGUUCCCCUUGCGUUUUAAUAUCCCAGUCUCAACUUGUGUUCAUAAAUGUGAUAAAUUCAUCAAUGGAUCCAAAUGUCAAAUGUUUUACUUACAUGCUGAAGAUUUAACCAAACAUAAACAAAGUGGGAAAUGUAGCUUUCAAACUCAGAUUAUCUUUUGUCCCAUUUUGGGGUGUGGGUAUAUGACUGAUGGUGGAUACAAGGAAUGGCGAAAUCAUUUGAUCGAUGCUGGCCAUUGUGAAAUUGGCAUUGAACAAAACAAGAGGGAAAGUGACAAAGUAGGUGAUGUUUCACAUGAUGGAGAAUCAGCUAUGGACGAUGUCGAUGGUAGUCCUAGUGAUGAUAGUCAAAUUAUUGGAGUGAGAUCACUGAGUUGCUACCAGGAUGGGCCAAAUAGUAUGAUCAACGAUGAUACUCAAAACUCGGUUUCAGUAACUAGGAAACCGAGUAGUGAACCACCAUCACAAUCCAUUCAUCACGAUUCCUCCAAACACAACCUUUUACUAAACAAUCUCAAGGCAAUGACUUCUCUCGCUAAACAAGAUAGAUUUUCUACAAGAUUAUCGAUUCAAGACCAGGUUGAGUCUGAUUAUGAAUCAAUUGAUAAAUUAUUCAAAUAA